UGCUUAGUGUCUUGGCGCUGCUACUGCUACCACCUCUGCCGCUGCACAGUACGUUUUUGUUACUCGCCCGGUGAACAACGCGGCGCGCUUGCGUCUCUGCUCUGUCCAUUGCAUCGCUUCGCACAUCGCACAUCGCACGGCUGUCCCCUGUCAUUCGAAAGUGUCGUCGUCUCGUCUGGCGCUGUUUCGUCUCUCGUGCAGCGAGCGCCGAUCUACCAAUCUUCCAAUUGCGGUGCAGCAACAAUUCCAUUCAAUACUCGAAUAACAAAUCGGCGGGAGAAUGCAUUGCAGUUGGAAUUUCAACUGGAGCUGGACUCUGCUGUGGAUGUCGGUCCUGAUGCUGGCGCUGGUCGUGGAGGUACGGUCCGAGGAGUGCGGCCAGGAGGAGUUCACCAAGUGCGCGGAGCCACUCGAAAUGCUGCAUUUAACGCCAGAGUUCUCGAUUGGCCCCGCCAAAAGAGAGGAACUGGAGAAACUUUGCCAUGAGCUGCGGAAAGGUGUGCGCUGCAUUCAGAGUUACACGCGACGCUGCAUGGACCUGCAGCAGAGGAACCAGUUCAACAAGCUCUACCACGGCACCAACCAGUUUAUCCGCGAUCUGUGCAACAAGGGAGAGUUCCAGGAGGAGUACCUGAAGCAUGUGCCCUGCUCGGAGAUGGCCAAGAAGGAGUUUGAGGUGUGCGCCACGCGCUACAAGGAAACGAUGGUCUUCCUGAAGCCCAACAAGAAUCAGGAGAAUGCCGAAAACGGCACUCUCAAUGAGAACAUCAAAACGAUUUGCUGCUCCAUCAACGAACUCGUGGACUGCUCGGAGAUGGCAGCCCGCAGAAUCUGUGGCAAUGAGGCGGCCAAGUUUACGCGGGAGCUGGUCGAUAAAUAUGCCAACAGUUUGACCAAGACAUACUGCGAGGACUAUACCCGCAGUCCAGGCCUCUGUCACGACGACUCGCGCAAUGCUGCCCCUCGGGUGCUGCAACAGAGCAGCAGUCUGCUGCUGCUGCUGCUAAUAACAACGACGCUGGCUGCGCUGCUGGUCAGCAGCCGGCGUAGCAGCAGAUAAAUGCCCAGGCCACAACUACAGUUAAGUUCAAGAUUCUAGAACCAAGUUUAUACACACACAGCAAAGAAGGAGAGCAAAAUAGUUAAGGUUUCCCCCUGAAGCACAAAAGCAAACACACAGCAAGAAUUCCACACCCGGUUGCAUACUUUUGAGAGUCAGUUUACGCCACU